AAUUAUGGAAUUCAUUUCUGGAGAAUAUAAAUAUUUCUAAAAUAAAAAAUGCAUGUUUACGAACUCCUUACAGUUUUCCUACCUAUAAUCCCCCGUUUUUCAGGAACAGAAUUAUCAAAAGUAAGAAGAAACAAAAGAAAGAAUUAUCAAAAUGAGUUUACGGGGUUUUUCUACGCGCUACUUCCGAAACUCGCGAAAAUGCCUCAUUGCGCCAUCGGACGUCACGUGAUUGUACUAUCGACCAUUACCGACGCAACUUCACCCCUCUUGAACUCCGCCGGGCUCGUCGGCACGGCACAUCUCGGCCGCGUUCAGCUCGGUUUGUCUCAGCUCAGCUCAGCUCAGCUCGGCUCGGCUCAGCGGAGCUUGAGGCGUAUCGAAGAUGGCGACCGGAGGGUAGGGUCGGGCCGGAGACGCGCACUGCAUCGCAACCUCUUCUCCGGUCGAGACGGUCGUGGAGCAUCGGGGCGAGCCACCCGUUCGGGCCGAGUCCGAUUUGGUGGCGGGUUCUUCCGGUUUUCCUAAUUCAGGAUAUCGUCGGGGUGCGCAGUGGUUAAAAACACACUAACUCACCUACACAUAUUUCGCUCGUUCCUCAUUUAUGUAGCAGUAAAUAGCCAUUAAACGCGCGCGUAACGUGCCUGUUUGCUCGUCAACAUCUAGUCAGAGGGACAGAGGAAGAAAAAAGAGAAAGAAGAAAUGAAUCGGCGAAAAAGGAAACCAUGACGCUCCGAUCGAGAUAAAGGCCGACACAUACGAGAAACCGAAGCCAAGUCAAAGCGUGUAAAUAUAGAAACAAGAUAACUGGGCUGAUUCAGAGGGAUCUCUCGGCGGUCAUCCUCCUCGCGAGACGUGGCGAGACGUCGUACCAAAGAAAAAUCGAUCCCACACCAAAAGUUCCUUUACGUUCCAACGAAAUCGACGUGCGUUCGUUGUAACGGAGUGCAGAAGCGAGCGAUCAAAGAUUGAAUUUCAAGGAGAGAAAUAAAAGGAUCCACGGUCGCGAAACUUCCGUCAACCUGAUGAAUUAGAUAAGGAAUUAGAUAAUAAGAAUCGAAAUAUUUAAUCCAAGUGUCAUUCAAGUGCCAUCUGAGAGAUAUUAGAGAUUACGUUCAAGUCAAACAGAUUAAACGAAAACAGGUCCCAUGGGUUUUUCGAGAAACGACCGGUAGAAAUAUCACGGGAUCCAAGGAUACCUGCUUCUGGCGAAGGGAAUAUCGGCGACACGACAGUUCGAAAAUUGUGACGAGCUGGUCGAGUUCUCUGGUAACAUCGAUGCAGUGUUGGACGAGUCAGCGUUUCCAAUUCACCGGCCACAGAGAGCGACGUACACGAGAGCACUCCCUUUCGUUGAAAAACCCUUCUGAGAUUCAUCGUAAUCUCCAGACAGAUCGAUGGUGUAGAGAGAGAAAACGCUUCUGUUUUCUACAGAUUCUUCAAUCGGCGCUUCGUUAAAAGAUAGAAAAUGCUGGCAUGGUCAGAGAAACAAAGUCUCGAAAGAGUUUUACUGAGAGUAAUUUUCUUUUGCACUUACUAAAGCAUACAAUUUUAUAUGACGAGGUAAUUUAAACGAAGUAAAAGUAAGGUUCUACUAUUGGAAAAAUUAUUAUUAAUGAUUGAUUGAUAAGGCAUAAUUGAUUGUCGAAGCUAUCGAAAGAUUUAAUUCAAGUAUCAUCCAAGUGCAAUCCGAAGUGCAUUAAAGAUUACGUUCAAGUGUGAACAAAUUAAAUAAAAACACAGGCAAAAGGUGUCUGAAAAACUUUUUAAAAAAUUAUUGAUAGAAAUUCUACGGAAUGUGAAUCCGAGAAUAUUCUAAAUUAUACAUAGAAGAAUAUGUAAAAAAAGGACAUACAACGCUGUAGUGAUUCGACUGCUGUUUACAUUUUAAAAUUAAUGAAUACCAAAGAUGAGCUUAGUCAUAAAGUAUGUUCCAAAUGCGCGGUCUUAUACAAAAUCCUUGAAAUAAAUUAGCAUUGAAAUAAAUAGGCAAUGGUAAAAGCUACGUCCAAGCGGAUGGUAGGGCGAGAAAGGUGAGAGGUCACAGACGGAAGGAAGGAAGGAAGGAAGGAAGCAAGGGAAUAAAAAAGGGUUGGUGAUAAUCGCGUGGAAGCAGGCCGAAGACUCGUCUGGAAGAACGCGGAAGGAGCGACAACAUUGUGGAAACAAGGGGGGUUCAGCGAGCAGGGGGGAGGAAGAGAGGAAGAGGAGCCCCGGUUAUCGUCGGGAGGGGUGUACAUCGGGGCUGAUAUCGACCGAGGAUUGCGCUUGCGUGGAAAAAGGCGCGAGCGCAAUCGCGCGGUUAUUCCGAGAGAGCAACGGCGCCCUCCGCGUCGGAAGAGGAAGAGCUCUCCCGGUCCCCGUUUGUCAGUCGAUCGUCGCGUCGACGAGGAACGGGCCACCGCCAUCGUUCGGGAAAGACUUCCGGUUUUUCCCCUGGCAGAGCCGGCGGAGGAGGCCGGGUGCACGAACACGGUGAUUCCAACGCCCGCACUGGACCGCACUUCCGGAAGCGAGUUGCCCAGACGCGGCCCUCGCGGAGAGCUCGAUUCCGCUCGGCACCGCGUCGCGAAGAUCGUCAUCGCCGUGGGGGACGGAGAAAAACCAGCGCGGGCGGUCCGGGGACGGAAGGGGAGGGGGGCACAGGCGAGGUAUAUCGAGACGAUAAGAGUGCGAUAAGCAGACCGCGCUUUAUAAACGGCUGUGCGUGUGCGCACCUCUCCUCCUCUCCUCUCUUGCUCUCUUACUCUCUCGGAGCGACCUCGUCGUCGUCAUGCCGAUAAAAGACGAAUCUGAAGUUUUCCUUGAGAAAGACGGGGCCGCUACCAGUUCGAAACUGGCGAUGCCCCGUGCCGGUCAUUAGGACAGUGCGACGUAUAGCGACCUAAUAUCCGGAUCCGGUGGAUUUCCUCAAACCCUUCGCACCCGUCGUUGAUAACGAUCGGGGUCACGGUCGUGUCCCCGCCGCAUCGUCGUGUUCGAUCGCGAAAUGUGAAGAAGCGACAUCGAUGCCUGGCGAUUUCGUUCGCCUUGAUUUGGAGAUGUGACUCGUCGUGUGGAUAAUAAACUUACGUAUCCGGACAGUUGUACUCCAUAGAAAAUCCAGACUUAUACUUAUUGCACAAUGUUGAACGUCUUAUUCAUCGGCGAUAUAGUUAUUUGAGAUAGCGACGUAUAUGCUCACAAGUUUGAUUAGAGGAGGAAGCGAUGAUCGAUGCGAGUUAUCUAAAGGCGGGUGAUCGACACGUCAUACGGUAUGCCGAGAUAAUCGGAGUCGAGCGUCGAAGUCUCUUGAGGCGUUAUCAGAAUCCGCGCCGCCUGGAUGAAAGCACAGCGCGAUGAUUAGCAUGCAACAGCAGACGGUUUUGAAUAAUGUAACCGGGCCCGAGCAGCCGCAGGAGGAAAUUCAGCUGACCGAAUUGUUGCCGGUGAAGCAAUCGCGCAUCAGAGAAAAUGUCUUCAAGGACGCCGACGCAACCGAUGCUCUGAGGGCGCUUAGGAGUCUCUCAGGCGACUGCGGUGACAGCGAAAAUUUCAAUCUGCGGGAAUUUGACUUUUGCAAGAACGUCGAACAGUCUACACGCCAGAACAACAAGAAUCGACGAGCGGAAACCCGUCGGAAAAGAAGAGAAGAGUCCAAGAACAGUGCUAAAGAUGUGGACUUUGACGAAGAGAAAAAUGACGAGGUGGUAGAGAAGAAGGCGCGUAACGGUAGGAAGAUUGUUCGCGGUAAGGCGCCCAAGAGGAAACUAACAAAGUUGAGCAAGAGGAAGGACGACGAUAAGGGAAGUGAUUAUGAAACGGAAAGGAAAUUGAUUAGAAAGGAUAUCAUCGAAUGCGACGAGGACGACGGCAACGAACAAUUGUACUUGGAUCUGGAAAAAAGAGAUUGCUUUAAAGACGAGGUUUACGUAUAUAGACGAGAACCGUUGGAUCCAUGUUCAAGCUCGGAACCAGAGGAAUCAGGAGCGAUCACUCGCAAGGUCCAGCAGGAUCUUUGCGAGAAGGAUUAUUUUGCGGGUAGAGAAUUGUCCGAUGGAAAAGAAAAUUUUGCCAAAAGAAAACUUACCGACAAAGACGACGGGAAGGAAGAAUGCAAAUUCAGUGCGGAGGGCGAGAAAGAAAAUUCGUCAGAAAAAGAGCUCAGACUGAAAAUCGACGCCAUCAUUCAAGCAAAUUACCUGUUGGAGCGCGAGAAUAACAACGUCGUCGCUUCCGACGGACUCAAAAUCGCGGAGCACAUCGGCACCUCUUCCACUACCGGCUCGGUGAAUGCAGACAGUAGCGACGGGUCUUCGUGCAAUUUGAUCGAGAAGAGGACGAAGAGGAAACGGACCGAUCAGACUAGACAGUCGAACGACCAGCAGAAUCCUCAGAAGAAGUACUGCUGCGUCGUGUGCGACGCGCGUUUCAAGGGUAGCGGCGGUCUGCGGAAUCAUUAUAAGGUGGUGCACGGCGCCGGGCCGGUGUUCAAGUGCGACGAGUGUGGCAAGGAGUUUCCCCUGAAAGAACGCCUGAAGCUGCAUGUGCGCACGCACACCGGCUUCAAGCCGUACAAAUGUCCGGAGUGCGAUAAGAGCUUCGCCCGAGGGGGUCAACUGGUGCAACAUCGUCGUACGCACAGCCAAGUCAGGCCGUUCCACUGCAAGCUGUGCUCCAACACCUUCACGUGCGCUGCCAAUCUGUCCCUACACCUGAAACGCCACAACGGCCAGAAGGACCACAAGUGCGACCUGUGCGGGCGCGCCUUCGUGCGCCGCGACGCCCUGAAGAAGCAUCUGGAAUGCCUGCACCGCGACGUCAAGUCGUUCCUCUGCGCGAUCUGCAACAAGACCUUCAAGGGCCACCUGCCGCAACACAUGAGGACGCACGCGCGCGAUCGUCCCCACGGGUGCGCCACGUGCGGCCAGCGUUUCGCUCAGAAGUCCCAGCUCACCGUGCACCAAAGGACCCACUCCGGCCAGCGGCCAUUUCGCUGUCUGGUCUGCUGGCAGGCCUUCGCCCAUUCGACCGCCCUGAAGCUGCACACCCGACGUCACACCGGGGAACGGCCGUUCAAGUGUUCCGAGUGCAAUGCCGGCUUCACUCAACUGCCACAUUGGAAGAAGCACAUGAAAUGCAUACAUGGUAGGAAUGAUCCGUAUGGUUGCAAACGUUGUAAAAGUUUUUUCAGGAUCAAGAGCGAUUUGGAGAGCCACGAGAAGACUUGCCAUCCAGAAAUGGAGACGGAGGACGAUGAUGGCAGUGUCGCCGGUAGACCGACCGGUAGCUCCGAAGUCAUCGAGAAGAGCUCCGUCAAUGCCAAAUACAAGUUGAUGACGGUGGAGAAAAUGCGGCUGUUACUGGCGGUGCUGCUGAAGAGGAUCAGUAAGCAGGAACGGUUAGACGAGCUCGGUUUCGGUAAGCGUCUCAUCGACGACGUUCUUCAGGACUCAUUGGUAUCGGCUGGUAAAGAACCGGUCACGGGGAGUGGCUUAUCCGAACUCGAGGCUCUCACCCGAAAUCUGGAAGCCUUCCUCGAAUGGACAGUGCCGAAGGAGCAUUGGGAGAAUUUCCGUAAAAUGAAAAAAUCACCUGAGGAAAUUCUGGAAACGCUCACAGCUACAUAGGAGCGUUCGUCUGUUAAAAAUAAUUUUAUUAUCUUUCACCGUAAAGAUUGGAAGGAAAUCAAAUCAAUAGUAUAAUUAUCUUGCACAUGUUUGUACAAAUGACAAGUUUUCCUACAUUCAGUCUCAGUUAUAUCGAAAUUUAUUUAUUCCUUUUUUUUCCCUUUAUUCUUUAAUAAUUCGAUUUUUCAUCGAAUCGUUAUACGCUUUUAACCUAUAAUUUUUAUGAUUUUUUUCCUCUUAUUCUCGUUUCUAACUCAUGAUUUAUAGCGUAAAUCUUUUAGAGAGUACCGAGAACGCGAUCAAUUGACACAUGAUCUCUUCAUUCAUUAUUCUUGAUAAUGAUAAAGUUUAUAAUCAUUAUUAAAAUAAUUAAUAAUUGAUAAUGAUUUUCACGAGAAUUCUAGAAAAAACUAUUGAUUCAUUUAUAAUUGCAUCAAUCGAUUAAGAAUGAAACAAUCAAUUUUCCGUGUGAUAUCUAAGCUAUGAUCUAAUCUAUGAUAACUAACGAAAGUUAACUUUCUGUGGUGCCAUGUGACAUAAUACUUGCCAGUACUAAACCAGUGAACAUACCGUGUAAUUUAGAAGAGCCGAGAAUCUUUUAUUUUAUUAGUAUAAGAUGUAAGUCGCGUUGGAACAAUGUGUGCACUUGUCGAAUAAAAUUGAUGGAAAUCCGGCACGUUUCUCAAACGGUAGAAGCAGAUUGUCGCGUUUCUUCGAUGACUGAAGGUAAAGUUAGACGGUUUCUUGCCAUAUUUGUAAAGACACGCGUGCACACUGACACAAAAAAUUACGAGAUUAAAGAUCGUUUUAGCACUUACAUUUUACUCUAAUCGUAAGCACGAUUUGCUCGUAUA